AUGGCGACCGAGUCCAAGCCCCCUUUCCCCCCUUUCACGCGUGAGACGGCCCAGCAAAAGGUUAAGGCCGCCCAGGCCGCCUGGAACACCAAAAACCCGGAGCUUGUCCAGUUCGCCUACACGCCUGAUUCCGUCUGGCGAAACCGCGACACCUUCCUGCAGGGACGGGACGCUAUCGUCGAGUUCCUCAGCAAGAAGUGGGCCAAGGAAGGGGAGUAUCGCCUCAGGAAGGAACUGUUUGCGUUUACGGACAACAAGAUCGCGGUCCAGUUCUGGUAUGAGUGGCGGGACGGGACGGGCCAGUGGUGGCGGACGUAUGGGCUGGAGGACUGGACGUUUGCGGAGAAUGGGUUGAUGCGGAAGAGGCAGAUGAGUGGAAAUGAUGUGAAGAUUGAGGAAAGCAAGCGGUGGUUUAAGGAUGGGGUCGAUGUCGACUCGGUUGAGAUUAGUGAACAGCAUUGGUAG